AUGCAUUAUCGUGAUAUGGCAGAGAUCUGGGAGCUCGGCGGCAGCCCAAAGCUUCGGUACACUAAUGUCAUCUUCCAGGAUGGCGACAAGUACUUUGCAGCUCAGCUGCCUGGAAAGUUCGCUCACCCAGAUGAGAUUCUGCCUGAGGCCGAAAGCUGUUUCAAGGAGAUUCCUGCCGAACACAUUUGGCCUCUGCUAGAAGAUGGUCUUUCGAUAUGCCACGAUGCCGAUAACCCAGAUGUUUACAUCAAACAGCCCCAGCUCCUUGACUAUGAUGGUUCGGAAUUUUUGAGUGUGCUCCUGCUUCAGGAAGCUCGUAUCUGCCAGGUCCUGAUGCAAAAUGAACACCGAAAUAUUGCUCGCUAUCUUGGAUGUGUGGUGAAAGGGGGGCGGAUUACCGGGCUUUGUUUCCAGAGAUAUGUGGAGACGCUUGCCGGCUGCCUUGAGGCUGGGCGCUCAGUCGAUAACAAAAGCUGUCUCCAGCAGAUCAAGGCGGGACUCGAUCACCUCCAUGCUCUCAAUCUAAUCCAUAAUGACAUCCACAUGAGAAACAUCAUGAUUGCAAGCCAAGAAGCCGUGAUCAUCGAUUUUGACUCGUGUAUUAUCAAGGGACAUCAGCUCCCAGCCAAGCACAAGCGAGGUCGAAUUCCUGAAGAUGUCUGGACUGCAGGAUUUGAAAACGACCAUUUGGGGUUCAAAAUCUUCCAGGAUAAACUUCUUUCGGGAGAUAUCUAG